AUGUCCUUCGUGUUCUACAUGAACAUUGUGCUCGGGAACGUCAGCAUGCGGUACAUCCCGGUCUCCUUCAUGCAGACUAUCAAAUCCUUCAGGCCAAUUAUUCUGCAGUGCUUGGUUUGGAGCAAGCACUUUGAGUGGCGCAUAUGGGCUUCGCUGGUCCCAAUAGUCAGGGGGAUCCUCCUGACCUCAAUGACAGAGCUUAGUUUCAACAUUUUUGGUUUCUGUGCUACCAUGAUAGGCUUCUUGGCCACAUCUACAAAGACCAUCUUGGCAGAGUCCCUGCUCCACGGGUACAAAUUUGACAGCAUUAACACAGUAUACUACAUGGCACCUUUUGCCACCAUGAUACUGGCUCUUCCAGCAAUGUUGCUUGAAGGAGGUGGCGUAAUUGACUGGUUCUACACACACGACGUCUUUUCUUCGCUGAUUAUCAUCCUAGGCUCAGGGGUGCUUGCAUUUUGCCUGAACUUCUCCAUCUUCUAUGUGAUCCAUUCGACCAUCGCAGUGACUUUCAAUGUUGCUGGCAACCUUAAAAUUGCCAUUGCCGUGUUGGUUUCAUGGCUGAUCUUCUGGAACCCGAUCUCCCCAAUGAAUGCAAUCGGAUGCGCAAUCACGCUCGUCGGUUGUACUUUCUAUGGGUAUGUGAGGCAUCUCAUCUCCCAAUAGAAGGCUGCUG